AUGGCGCAGCGCCGUGGACGUUCGGGGGUGGCGCUCCUGGCUGCCGGUGCUCUUUUGUUCUGCGCCUUGCCAGCCUUCGUCCCUCCUCUUGGCCGCCGCGCUGCCUUGGCGGCCCCAGCUGCAGCGGCAAUGCUCUUGUUGGGUGCUGAGACAGCAACGGCGGACGUCACGGCCUGCAACCCCGGCGCCAACAAUUGCUGGUCCACUCUGUCCACGGACAAGACGAAAAUGAGCCCUUGGACGUGGCCAGCCGGCACGAGCAAGGCAGCUGCUGUCAGCCAGCUCAAGGCAGCCAUCGAUGCUUAUCCACAGGCUGGGCAGGGUGACGUGGACUUGGGUGGCUACUCCUACGCUGUCGACACCCUUGCUGACAAGGGCUAUGCGCGCUUGGAGUUCAAGUCCGGCAUUGGCAACUUUGCCAGAUUCUUCAACGGUGGCCAGCCCUUCGUGGAUGACUUCGAAGUGAGCGUGGGAGACAGCAGCGUUGCCGUCAAGAGCGCCUCUCGACUGGGAGACAGUGAUUUCGGAGUAAAUGCCAAGCGAUGCAACUACAUCGCAGCCGCAUUGAGGGCAAAGGGCUGGGAGUUUGGCUUCGAUGGAGUCUUCGGGGAGCAGUCAGCGCAGCGUGAUGUCUUCAUGCAGAUCGGGCUUCCGGUCUUGCGCGAGGCUUUGCGGGGCAUCAAUGGCACCGUUCUCGCCUACGGGCAAACCGGUUCCGGCAAGACACAUUCGCUUCUGCACCAGAGCUCCAAGGGCGAAGAGGCGGGGCUCCUCCCGCGUCUCGUGGCUUCCCUGUUUUUGAUGAUCAGCCAGGAUGUCGCGAAUGUUUACGACAUCGAGGCAGCAGCCGUCCAGGUCUACAACGAACAAGUGGACGACUUGCUGAACUCUGAACAUCAGAGCGGCAUUGGACACAACCUGAAUGUUCGGGACGGCGGCAUCGUCAAUGGGUUGACGUGGAUUCGAUGCACGAAGCCCGACGAAAUGCUUGAAGCUUUCACACGAGCUCGAGCCAAUGUCGUCUACGCUGAGACCAAGAUGAACAAGGCUUCCAGCCGGAGCCAUGCGAUCUUCCAGCUUCGCAUCAGCAAACGCGAGCGCGUUUUCGAAGCUGCAAAGACGGGUCAGAAGGUGGAGUGCACCAUUGCGAGGCUGAAUGUCGUGGACCUCGCUGGAUCCGAGCGCGCCACGGUUAAGAAGUCCGGCUCCGAAGGCAUGCGCUUUCAGGAAGCCACGAACAUCAAUCGAAGCCUUCUGGCUUUCGGGAACGUGGUUAGCGCACUGGCCGCGCGCAAGUCCCACAUACCUUUGCGAGACAGCAAGCUCACCAGGAUCCUCGAUGGCUCUAUCGGCGGGAACUGCCGCACAGCGCUGCUUGUGUGUGUGAACCCGGCCUUCGAACACGUCGGUGAGACCCAGAAUACGCUGGAGUUCGCAUCGAGGGCGAUGCGCGUGGAGGUCAGCCGUGGGCGAGAGGGGGCGGUGCACUGGGAAGAAGAAGAAGAAGCUAAGGCUGCAUCGAGGCAGUGUUCUAGGAGAGGUUAUCCUGUUUCAGGUGGCAUUGCAUCACAUUCGAUCUCUCAGCGGUCAAGUUGUCGGAACUUGAGUUGUCGAGUUGGCCUCUGA